AUUAAAUUUCCAAAAAAGCAAAAAGUAUCACACCCCUCUCAUAGGUUUUCUAUCUUCCCUCUCCUCUUUCCCCUUAUAGUAUCCAAACACUUUCCCUUUACCUCUUCCAAUCACAUCUCCCCAACCUUCAAUCUAAAUUCAAUUAAAAAAGUAUAUAAUUAUAAUUACAAUUAUAAUCCUAAUUAAAUUAUUUUUCAUCCCUUAUAUAUAUACUCACACACACCCUUAUAUUAUUUUCCUUGCUUAUUUUUUCAUAAUUUGCCGACGCCGCAAAACUAAUUACAAAAAACUCCGGCCACCGUGCACCGCCCGUGCGAUUGUUAAUUCAUAGAAAUCGGCCGUGCGAGAUUAAACGAUGGCGAAAAAGAGGAAGUCGAUAGCAACAAGCCUUGAUGAGGUGGAUCGAACCAUGUAUACAUCGUUUUGUAGUGCGGCUAAUUCUCUUUCACAGCUUUAUACCCAAGCCAUGAACCAUCAGAAACUCUCCUUUCAAGCUGGUGAACGUCAUGGACUUGAAAAGCUUUACCAGUGGAUUUUGAGACAGCAAGAGGCAGGAGGUAGAGCAGGAACAGUUGACAUUCUAACUUACAUCCAGAACGAGCUUGAUUAUUGUGGAGAUGAACCGUCUAUGUCCCCUCGAGCUCCGGUCCUGCAUCACAAUUCCCAAGCUCCGGCAAAUUUUGCAAAUACAGGAUUCCUUGUUUCUGGGCCAUCAGCCCAAACACCAACUGCUCAGGCAACUAGAUCUGAGCAAUUUGAUAAUCAGACUAAGAAUUCAGUCUUCUCCAAUGCUUUGGCAAGUCCUGUCCGCAGGACUCUACAGCACUAUCAUCUUGCUCAAGGAGGAUAUUGCCCCAGUGGAGGUCCCCCAUCUGGUAAUGGUGCAAGAAGUAAUGAAAACAAUUAUGCAAAUAAUCAGGUCAGGGAUUCAAAUUCAAAUGAUUCGUCAAUGGACAUGCAUCAAGAUAGCCCAGGUCCAGAAUCUAACUACUGAUUGUUCUUUAUCUGUCCCAUAAGAUGCUUGCCAUGGCUGAAUAUUCUAUUCCUUGUGGGAUAGUUUGGGGUCGUUUGUUGUUCUGAUGCUACAUAGUUUCCCUGGUGAAGAGAGCAACAGAUUGGGUGAAUAUGGUUUCGGGACAAAAAAUAAACAUUUGUGCUAUUCACUGGCUUGAGGUGUGUGAAUAGGAUGGAAGGGUUGUGUGUUUGUAUGUCGGACGCAUGAUUGAGGUUGUCAGUGCAGUCCAAUGAAUUAGUGUUUUGUCUAUGAAAUGGUGGUGUUAAAGUAGUAUACAAUUUUUUUUUUCCUUUUCUUUUUUGCUUAAGUAGUUUAUUAAUGUCGAAUUGCCUAAUUUGGUAUUGUUUACUGUUGAUUAUUCAAGAAUGAAUGUAUUUACUGCUCUCUUUUAGUUUGUUUAUCUGUACAUCACUCAUGUUAACUAGGGGGUAUAGUGUGUGUUUUUCAUUGCAGAGCCACAUUCAUAAUUCUGAGUGGCUUUUUUGCUUUUGGAUUUUCACAACAUUGUAUUUGGCUGAUAGAUGAUUGCCUGAUAACAUUGUAUUUGGCUGAUGGAUGAUUGCCUGAUAUAGGUAUUUAAGAAUAGCAUUCGAAAUUUCUGAUCCUCGUUUGAGGUGAUAAAAAAUACCUCUACUUAUAUUCUAAUGAAGUUUUACUUA